UUUCAUUCCAUAUUUCGGAUAUAAUCAAUUCCAGGAGUGGCAUAGCUUUUCGAGCACGGCUUCUCUGUCUUCGAUCGCUGAAAUUUCUUUCUCUGAUUUGAUAGAAAAGGUAGAAGAGUGAAAAAACUAAGAGAUAUGGGGCAAGCCUUUAGAAAGCUCUUCGAUGUGUUCUUCGGCAACUCUGAGAUGAGGGUUGUGAUGCUUGGGCUUGAUGCAGCUGGAAAAACUACAAUAUUGUAUAAACUGCACAUAGGCGAAGUUCUAUCAACAGUUCCCACCAUUGGUUUCAAUGUGGAAAAGGUGCAGUAUAAGAAUUGUAUUUUCACUGUGUGGGAUGUUGGUGGACAAGAAAAAUUAAGGCCUCUGUGGAGGCAUUACUUUAACAAUACCGAUGGACUGAUUUAUGUUGUUGACUCAUUAGAUCGAGAGAGGAUUGGGAACGCAAAGCAAGAAUUUCAGACCAUCAUAGGUGAUCCAUUUAUGCUUAAUGCAAUUAUCUUGGUUUUUGCUAACAAACAAGAUCUGAGAGGAGCGAUGACAACAACGGAAGUUUGUGAAGGGCUUGGUCUCCGUGAUCUUAGAAACAGAAAAUGGCACAUACAAGGGACAUGUGCUCUUAAAGGGGAAGGGCUGUAUGAGGGAUUGGACUGGUUAUCAAGUACCCUCAAGGAGCAUAGAGCUGCUGGAUUCUCUUCAAUAGGAACUCCUACAUUCUGAUUAAUCAAGGUAUUCUUGACUAGCCCAAUGUAAAAGGGUAAAAAGCUGAGGACUGCGAAUUCAAUAUAGUCAGUAGAUUAUCAUGUAUAUAAUAUAAUAUACCUUUCAUUGUUGCUGGAGAGAAAGGCUGCUACAUUAAGAUCAGUAAAGGCUGCUACAUUAAGAUCAGUAUAAUUAACUUGCACGCUAUCUUUGACUCCGGUGUUACGGUGUAUAUCAGCAUAACAUGAGAUAUUGCGUCACGGUUGGCAUUUGUUAGAAAAAAGUCUGUAUUCCACUGUUCUGUAGCCUGUGCUGCCUUUUUGUGUAUAGAUUUUAUACAAACUGUAACGGUGUGAUUUUUUUCCUUUACUCUGGAAAAGAGGCUUGCACCCGAAUUACCCAUAUGAAUAGAUGGGAAGAGAUGAAAAGGUAGGUCCUCUUUUUACAGUAUAAAUCAUUAAGGUGAUCAACUCUGAAAGAACUAGUCACAUAAAACUUGAUUAAUGAUCUGUGACAGAGAAUUAUUUCAUCCAUGAUGAUGGUUAAGAAUAGUGA